CCAUGACCUGUGAAGUGCUUUGGGAGGAGUAUCCAGAAAGGCGCUAUACGAGUGUAAGGAAUUGUUAAUAUGUCUGAUUAUGUAUAAAUAGACAUUCAUAACACAAAGCGUCAGUGAAUACAGCGGCUUAUAGGGGUAUUCAGUGUCGUCUGCACUCGGAGAUCCGCAGUGGAAACUGGAGGAGUGAGUAAAGGAUAAAGAUGGCUUUAUGAUGUAGGGAAAGAGAACAAAAACGAGGUUUUCAGCCGUGUGCUCUGAUGAAGCUGAGGGUUUGGGGAGACCUGGACUCCCUGCAGGGUUGGAGCUGGGGUUCCUGGGUUGUGAACAGCCACCCCCCUCUGCUCCGCCCUUGCCGUUCUCUCUCUCGGCCUCCCUCCCGCCAGGUGACCGUGGUGCAGCGCGUGGCGCGCCUGCCGCUCGUCCGCUCCACCCUGCAGGCCGUGACCGCCGCCUACGCCGACGCCAAGGGCCGGCUGCCGCUGCUGCGCUGGGUGGGGGGUGUGGCCGAGCUGGGGGUCCGCGGCCUGUCGGAGGUGGCCGCCCGCAGCGCCUCGCCCCUGCUGGACAGGCUGGAGCCCCAGAGUAAGUCCGGCCUGCUCUCGCACCCCUGUCUGACAGUACUGCUCCAGCAGUGCCAGGCUCUGCUGCUGCCCCUGUUCUGGGUCCAGAUGGGCUGGCAGUGCCCAGCCCCUGUUCUGAGGGCGACAGCAGGACCUGGUCAUCAGCGUAGACUGUCUCUCUCAGGUCAGGAGCUGGAGCUCAGGAUGCAAAUGUUCGAGGACGACGAUGAGGAAGAGGAGCCUGCGGUCCUGACACGCGUCGUGGGCCUGCUGCUCCGGGUGGGGCUCCGAUCGUACCAGCAGGCCCUGCUGCUGUGGGACCAGGUGCAGCACGCCGUCUCCACGCUGAGGGACCUCGCCGACCUGAUUGGUCUGACCCUCGUGGCGGAGGCAGUGUCGGGCCUGGCACAGAUGCUCCUCACGCUGUACGUGGCCGGGAUCUACCGGCUGCAGUCCCUGCAGACGCUGGCGCGCAGGCGGGCAUCCGAGCUGGCGCUCCGGCUGGCGGCGCUGCGGCCCGUGAGCCUGGCGCUCUCCCUGCCCGAGCGGGCGCGGGCAUCGCUGGCGGUGGUGGUGACUGACCUCCAGGAGCUGGGCAAGAUCCUCGUCCAGCUGCUCAUCAACACCACGCCGCUCUACAACAUGGUGAGCCCGGAGGACAGGGCUCUCCCGGGAAUCCUGCUGCCCCAUCCGGCCGGAGCAUCCUCUCUCCAGUCUCCCUGCACUGCCGCCCGGACUCGGAGCUGCACUGUAAUCCGGUCACUGACCCAGGACUCGAGUCCUGGAGGCUGUAGGCAGGAACAGCCGGGGUUUUGGAUCCCGUGCUCCGGGUCGCGGACUCUUCCUCGCAGGAGGCAGGACUGUCGGGAAUCGGGUCCUGCGAGCGAGCAGCUGAAGGAGCAGGCGGACCAGCUGGGGGCCAACCGCCUGAGCCUGGAAGAGCUGUCGGACGGCGGGUCCUCGCGCCGCGGCUCCUGCGACCUGGUGCUGUCCAAGGCCUCGGAGGGCCGCCUCGCCCGCCGCCGCCGCCAGGCCUACCUGGAGGCCCGUUCCCGCCGCGGCUCGAAGCAGGACCGCCUGCCGCCCGCCCAGCCCGAGCAGGAGCCCAUUCCCGCCGCGACGCCCCGGCGCCGCUCCUCCUCCACCGAGGUCUUCCUGGCUCCCAUCAUCCAGCUGGUCUCCCAGGGCCAACGGGCCUUUGAGUACCUGAGCCCCGGACCCGCCCCCGUCCCGCCUGCCGUGGAGGUGGCCAAUCAGGUGGCGGAAACUGCAGAGUAAGGCCUUGCCCCGCUGCACGCAGUGGCCAAUCAGCAGUUUCGGUGGUGGUGGGGGGGGGCGGUGUUGGGCAACCUUUAGCUCCUGCACCCCGUUGCCAGCUUCUGCAAAAUGAUUAAGCCUCUCCUUAACACUUUGAAUUAAAAUCAAUUAAACAAGCAUCAGUUAAGAAUCUGAGUGUCAAUUAAGCAAUUAAAACAUAGAGGACACGCAGGGAAAAGCUUGUGUGGCUCACUGGUGUCCUGAAUGAGAAGCACGGUGUUUUAGUAGUUUCCCACUGGGUGAGCUCUGGAGGGACGGGCAGGUGGGACUUGUGUCU